UUAUUUUUUAGGAAAAGAGAAAAGAAUUCAAACAAAAUAAUCACAAAAUCUCUAAAAAAGAAAAAAGGAAAAUGUCUGGUAGUGGCAGUAGAAGCAGAAAAACUCCGUGGUCCGAUACGGUACCGUUACCUAGACCACAACAACAAAAGCCCAAUUCUUCUCCUCUCUACCAUUCUCCCGAUCCCUCCUCUCCUUUCUCCGUCGAGAUGUCCACUGCCACCGUCUCAGCCGUUCCUCGUCGGUCCGUUUUUCUCGGAGUCGACGUCGGUACAGGAAGCGCACGCGCUGGUUUACUCGAUGAGAACGGGAAACUCUUAGGGACGUCUAGCAGUCCAAUUCAAAUUUGGAAAGAACGUGACUGUGUUGAGCAAUCGUCAACAGAUAUAUGGCAUGCAAUAUGUGCAGCUGUGAAGUCAGCAUGUUCACUUGCAAAUGUUUCUGGUCAAGAAGUUACUGGCAUUGGUUUUGCUGCUACUUGUUCUCUUGUGGCUGUUGAUGCUGAUGGAGCACCAGUAUCAGUUUCAUGGAGUGGGGAUUCAAGAAGAAAUAUUAUAGUUUGGAUGGAUCAUAGAGCUGUUAAACAAGCUGAGAAGAUUAAUUCUUCUAAUUCACCAGUGUUACAGUACUGUGGUGGCGCCCUUUCUCCUGAAAUGCAGCCUCCAAAGGUUCUUCUGUCUUUCUUUUUGGUGCUGUAUUUGUUUGUGUUAGUAUUGAAAAUAUUGCAGCUUCUAUGGGUGAAAGAAAAUUUGCAAGAGUCAUGGUCCAUGGUGUUUAGAUGGAUGGAUUUGAGUGAUUGGUUGUCAUACAGAGCAACGGGAGAUGAUACUCGUAGUCUAUGUACCACAGUAUGCAAAUGGACAUAUCUUGGGCAUGCACAUAUGCAGCAAAUGAAUGAAAAAGAUUCUCAAAAUAUGGAAGCUUGUGGAUGGGAUGAUGACUUUUGGGAAGAGAUUGGCUUGGGUGAUCUUAUAGAUGGUCAUCAUGCUAAGAUUGGACGAAGUGUAGCUUUCCCCGGUCAUCCUCUAGGUUCUGGUCUCACUCCUACAGCUGCGAAGGAACUAGGUCUUGAAGCUGGAACUCCUGUGGGGACUUCACUGAUUGAUGCUCAUGCUGGUGGCGUGGGGAUCAUGGAAAGUGUCCCACUUCCUGACACAUAUUCUGAUGUUAAAGAGCAUGAUAAAGAAGCAAUAUGUCAUCGUAUGGCUUUAGUCUGUGGUACUUCUACUUGUCAUAUGGCCGUAUCACAGAGCAAGCUCUUCAUUCCUGGGGUUUGGGGACCUUUUUGGUCAGCAAUGAUCCCUGAGUACUGGCUUACAGAGGGUGGACAGAGUGCUACUGGUGCAUUAUUAGAUUACAUCAUAGAAAACCAUGUUGCUUCUCCUCGCCUUGCAAACCAUGCUGCUUCUCAGAACAUAUCGCUAUUUGAACUACUGAACAAUAAAUUGAGGACUAUAAUGGAUGACAUAAAGGCUCCAUUCCUUGCUGCUUUAACACAAGAUGUACAUGUCCUUCCCGACUUUCAUGGAAACAGGUCUCCUGUUGCAGAUCCAAAAGCAAAGGGAAUUAUUUGUGGCAUGACCCUUGACACAAGUGAUAGACAAUUGGCUCUUCUAUACCUUGCUGCCGUGCAGGGUAUUGCAUAUGGUACACGCCAUAUUGUGGAGCAUUGCAAUGCUCAUGGUCACACAAUUGACAUGUUGCUUGCAUGUGGUGGCCUUUCAAGAAACCCUGUGUUUGUCCAAGAACAUGUAGAUAUUAUUGGUUGCCCUAUUGUUCUACCACGAGAAAGUGAGUCUGUGCUAUUGGGUGCUGCUAUUCUUGGUGCUGUUGCCGCAAAAAAAUAUGCCAGUCUCAGUGAGGCCAUGAGGGCCCUGAAUGCAGCAGGUCAGGUCAUUCAUCCAUCAAAAGACCCAAAUGUGAAGCGGUAUCAUGAUGCCAAAUACCGAGUAUUUCGGGAGCUUUAUGAGCAGCAACUAUCUCAACGUGCAUUAAUUGCUAAAGCUUUGGAAUAGGUCCUGCUACUACUCAGGACUUGUGGAAACUUGUGCAGGAUCAUGGGAGUUUGAUAAAAUCUCAAAAAGAAAUCUUUGUAAAGUUGAUUAGCAUUUUCACCAGGUACAUAGCCCAGAGAUUUUACAAUAGUUUAGAGCUCUGAAAAUAAAUGAUGCUUCCGAUUUUUGAUUUUCUUGUCAACUUGUUAUUGAUUCUACCGUAGAAAUGGCUUCACACUUAAAGCUUCAAGGUCUUUGACCAGAAAGUUUCGAACAAUUUCAUGUCUUUGUGGACUUAUGAGUUUACGGGAAUUAAAUGGAAGGAGAGAAAGGUUACUUGAUA